UGUCUGUGGUGGAACAAAACUGAACGAUACUCAUGUGGUGGUGGUGUUUGUUGUGAUCUGAAUCAAGUUUCUAACUAAAUUAUAUUUAAAAAAUGGCUAAAUACAUAGCACAAUUGAUUAUUAUGGGUAGUCAGGUUGUAGGCAGGGCUUUUGCUCGAGCACUUAAACAAGAAAUUGCUGCAAGUCAAGAAGCUGCAAAAAGAAAUCAGAACAGGUCAGGAAAUACUCGAGCAGCAACAACUAGAACCGGAAUGACACUUGAAGAAGCCCAACAGAUUCUUAAUAUCAACAAACUCGACCCCGAAGAGCUACAAAAAAGCUAUGAACAUUUGUUUUCAGUUAAUGAUAAAUCUAAAGGUGGAUCCUUCUAUUUGCAAUCAAAAGUGUUUAGGGCAAAAGAAAGAAUUGACGAAGAACUAAAAGGUGUCAAACAAGAGAUACAAGACGAAAGAAAUGAUUCAGAGAGUGGGAGAAAAGACUAAAACGCUUUAGUGAAUUAUUUAGAUUGUUUGGAAUCAAAUUAAAACACAUAAUGAAUUGUGUAAAUAAAUUAGAAUGUAUUCUUCUUUUAAAAA